GCGGUGCAGUGCUACGCUCACAGCCAGCCGGACCCCCGGGCCCCCCCAUACACGCGUGUGGCUGUGUGUCCCCCCCCGCACCCCCUCGCCAUGGUCGACGCCUUCGUGGGCACCUGGAAGCUGGUGGAUACGGCCAAUUUCGAUGAGUACAUGAAGGCGUUGGGUGAGUGGGGGGGGCCCCCCCCGACCUUGCACCCCGCAGGCGUGGGCUUCGCCACGCGGCAGAUGGCCGGCCUCACCAAACCCACCACCAUCAUCGAGGUGGAGGGUGACAAGAUCACGGUGAAGACCCAAAGCACCUUCAAGAACACGGAGAUCAGUUUCAAGCUGGGCGAGGAGUUUGACGAGACCACGGCGGACGACAGGCACGUCAAGUCCAUGGUCACGCUGGAUGGAGGCAAACUCGUCCACGUGCAGAAGUGGGAAGGGAAGCAGACGUCGCUGGUGCGGGAGCUGAAGGAUGGGAAAUUAAUUCUGACUCUCACCAUGGGCAACGUCGUCUCCACCCGCACCUACGAGAAGGCAACAUAGACGCCAUCCCCAGCUCCCCCGCCCAUCACCCGGAGCCGCAUUCUCCCCCUGCAUUGCCUCUGUCCUCGCCCCACACCGGGCACGACUUUCCGUUGUCUUGGAGCCCGCCAGGCUACCUGCUGCCCCUGUCCCCAUGGCCUCGAGGGGCUGCUUGGGGCUUGGGCGGUGGUUUGGUAGUUUGGUGGUUUUUUUUUACUAAUAAUGGGAAAACCCACAUGGAAAAAUAAUAAAGGCCAUGUUGUUACA